ACGCGGGAACGACGUUAGUGGAGCCAGGAGGCGUGAUGCAGACACACGGCAACUUGACUGCGAACUAUUUGUGGCAACCGGGGGAGUUCGCCAGGCGGGUGCUCGGCGAGCGGCCUUCCCCCGUUCCUCCGACAAGAGAGCUCUGGCCUCCGCCGCAGCAGCCCAUCAGCAUUAGCACUCUACAUGUCGCUUAUCUCCAAGAUGAACCCUACGCGAGACGGACUUCGACACUCCCCCCACAACCAUACGUACCUACCACAAUCCCCGUUGAGUACGAUUACGGACCUCGAGUAUGCACUGUGGGAACUAAUACCGAACCCGCACCGAAUUUAUUCGACAGGAUGAGAAUUUUGCUCAAACGUAAACAGGAUGAUGUCGUUGUCGCUCAAACUGGCCGCCUCACCGCCGUCCGAGAAACCGCUAUAGACGGAAAAGAUGAAGAAAAUCCAGCUAGAAAAGCGUUCAACGGUCUCAAAAAGGCACUCUCCGGUGCAAAGUACAAAAUAUCUCCCGGAUCGGAGACUGUAGACAGCCCUAAGAUAUCAUAUGAGAUGCCGAAACCGGGGGAUAGAAUGACAACGACCUUUGGAGCUAGAGAGUCAAGGAGUUGGUGCAAGCUGCCUUCGGGAGCUGAGUGUCGGCGGCGACUCCGUACUAUAGGAGACUGGUGCUCCCGCCGACCGCGCCGACCGCCACGAAGACAGUCGCAUCCACCUCGGCUACAGAUUACCCAGGUCUGAUGAGCAGAAGAUAGAAAUCGUCUUGGAGCUUUCCAGUAAAGUGUGCAGUAAAAGUUCCUGCUACUACUUGUCACCAUAGCUUAUUGCUUAUGGCUAAACAAUGUUUGUGUUGUAGCAUGAUUGAAGUUUAGUAGCGUUUGGCUAAUAAAUGUGUCUCGGUAA